AUGCAAUUAAACCAGGAACAUUUCACGCCGGAAUGCAAGUUUAAGGAGUGUGUGUUUGAGAACUAUUAUGUCACAUACUCCUCGAUCUUGUACCGUCAAACGCAGUCGGGUCGGGCCUGGUACAUUGGCAUUAACCGGGACGGACAGGUCAUGAAAGGAAAUCGGGUCAAAAAGACUAAAGGAGCGGCCCACUUCCUGCCCAAGCUCAUAGAGGUUGCCAUGUACAGGGAACCAUCUCUACAUGAUGUUGCUGAGCAAAGCCCACCUAGGAAAACGGCCAAAACAUCAGACUCCCCCAUCCAUAAAAACAGCAAGAAAGAGCACGUGCUUCCAGCGCCCACAGCCUCCUAGCGGCAGUAGAAGAAACU